AUGGACGCGAUUCGGGCUCUCAUCGAUCACCGUGGCGAUGUCACGGUAGAGGAUAUGGUCGCUGUACCCGAUAGCUUCGGCAGGCUGCCACUCCACUGGGCCCUGGCGGGUGUUUCCGGCAAUUAUACAGACUCCGACAACUCAGAUGCCAUCUCGUUGCGGAUGACCGGCACCGUCAAAUUGCUUCUUGAUAUCAGACCAGACACCGUCAAUGCGAGUGAUCAGCAUGGCGCCACCGCUUUUCACUACGCGGUCAAGAACAACACCGGUCGCGGCGCGAACAUCGGCGCUCUGAGGCUCCUUCUACACGCCGCUCGGCUUCCGGACACCCUGAACUUACGGGACGAUGUUGGUACGACGGCGCUUGGAGAAGUAAUAAAGCAACACCAAUGGGCUCCUGGUAGUCUGCAGGCUGUCUCAGAGAUAAUAGAUAUGCUCCUCAAACAUGGAGCCGAUCCACGGGCAUGUGACUCCCUUGGACGGAAUGCGCUGCAUGGACUGUGCAGCGUGAGUCGGUGUGAGUCUAUCACCGCUUCAUCUAUGGUGAACCAGCUGCUGGACCAUCUCCAAAUCAACGAAACAGACGACUUGGGUUGCACGGCGCUUCACUACCUAGUCAGAAAUCUGGACCAAGUGGACGCUGUUCGCUACUUAGUGAGUCGUGGUGCAGAUGUCAAUGCCGUCGACCUCAAAGGGAAUACCCCACUCCAUGAAGUAAUGAAGGGCACAAUCAUCAAGCCAAUGGAAGAACGAGGAAAUCGCGAAGAGAUUACUGGACGCCUCAAACAAGCACUGGAUCACAAACGAAAUGCGAUUAUUCAAAUCCUACUAGGUGCUGGAGCCUCUGAAGAAGUGGUCAACGCAGCCGGCGAGACACCGAGGCAAGUACUAGAGAGGGUCACAGAAGAGCGUGCGCAUCGAUCGGCAGCUAUGUAUGCGGGCCGUGGAAGAGGCCGGGGGGAGGUAGUAGGUAAGGAAGUUUCUGCCUAG